GGGUGGGGUUUGUGGAGGAAGAUGGCGGCCUCCCGGGACAUAUUCCUAAAGGUGGCGGCGUUUAGAGCGGUCCCCCCCUGGUGGAGUAGCAGGCUCUUCGCGGCCUCCGUCAGACCUCAGGCUCACCGGGAAGCGUCGUCCUCCAGCCCUGAGGCUGGCGAAGGGCAGGUUCACCUCACGGAGAGUUGCGUGCAGAGGCUUCUGGAAAUCACCCAAGGGUCAGAAUUCCUCAGGCUGGAGGUGGAGGGAGGUGGAUGCUCCGGAUUCCAAUACAAAUUUUCACUGGAUACAGUUAUCAACCCCGACGACAGGGUAUUUGAACAGGGUGGGGCAAGAGUGGUGGUUGACUCUGAUAGCUUGGCCUUCGUGAAAGGGGCCCAGGUGGACUUCAGCCAAGAACUGAUCCGAAGCUCAUUUCAAGUGUUGAACAAUCCUCAGGCACAGAAAGGCUGCUCCUGUGGGUCAUCCUUCUCUGUCAAACUUUAAUUCGAUGACAGGUGACCCAGAGAUUGCCAGCACUGGUACCAAUUUGAGGAACCUGGGAUGAGUAGAAUUUUAGUGGUUUCCUUCCAAUCAUGUUCCUCUCUUUAUUUUAUUUCCCACAGUCCAGGGAUGUUGUGUUUCUAUUAUUUUCAGAAUGUGAAGCUUUUACUCUUGACUUAAUUUCUCCUGCACAAUUUUAAGGCCAAGGCUCUAGUUGCUGUUACCUAAGCUUUAAUAACUAGUUGAAGCCCAGUAUAAUCUGUAGAGUCUCCAAGGUUCUGAAAUUUGAGUUACUUCUCUGGCCUUCAGAGCUGCUUGUAUAGCUAUGUAUGAAAGCUUCAUUUUAAAGAAGGUCCUUAUUAACUUGCGUUUUGAGUCAGAGGCACAGAUUAGGUAACUUAAACACUCAUUACUAAGUCAGAAGGGAUGAGAAAGGCAAAUGAAAUGUUCUCAUUUUCAUUUCACCCUUCCUGAAUGCACUGGUUGACUUAUCCUUAUUUUCUCUGCAGCUCAUGCUCCACUUCCCAUUUAUUAGGACAAAUAUAUUUUCUUCUUAUACUCAGGGAUCUACUAAACUCACAAAACCAAAAGCUCAUCACUCAGAAAACAGACGUAACCUCCAUUGAUACCUGAGUCACUUGAAAAAUAGCUUCCAUACUCCCACAGACAUUUCAAGAUUCUGUGAUCAUUUAGUGACUGAAUCUCUUAAAGAUAUGUUGCUUUUCUUAAUUUAUGUUAUAAAACAGCUCUGGUCUCAUGCAUAGCAGGAACUGGUUUGUUUGUUGAACUAGGUAGUAGAUACUUAGGGAUUUUCUUUUAGGUUGGAUUACCAGAUAAUAUACAGGACCCCCAGUUUAAUUUGAAUUUCAAAUGAACAAUAGGUAAUUUUUAGUAUAAAAGUGUCCCACAUAUUGCAUGAGACAUACUUAUCCUAAAAAUUUUGUGUUGUUUAUCUGAAAUUAAAGUUUAACUGGGCACCCUGUAUUUUUAUUUGUUAAACGUGGCAACUUUAUUUUAGGGUCACUGAAGGAAAAGUGUUUUAAGCCACAAAAUUCCAAUGAAUUUUAAAGUGCUUGUUUGGGUUUGGCAUUUAAAUAGGUAAUAGAGCUAGAAAUAGUUGAUGUAUGUGCAUGGCUGCUGGGGGAGCCAGAACUGAAUGGACAGACAACAAGAAGACAAAAGUACCACCACCUUGAUGAAUGAUUUAUAAAUGUUAACGUUAGGGAAACCACACUCAGUUUGAUUCUGGAAGAAUUAACAGGUAAACCCAUUUUUUCCUUGCAAGCAUAAAAGUUCAUUAGAGCAAAAACUUGCAUUUCUGGACUAGAUGGAAACAUUUCUAGACUGGAUUAGAAUUAAAUUGUUCAAAUAAAAUAAUUUACCAUUAAAAAAUGGAAAUGCAGAAUUUAGAGACAGAAAGAAUCUGAGAGAGAAACACAGAUGCUUACAUUUUUUAACAUGGGAAAAUCUAGAACUUAGAGAAAACAAACCUGCCUUGUAUAUGCAAUGUGUACAAAGAGGAAAGAAGGGAACACUUAGAAACCAGAGCAGAUUUCUUAGCAGAUUUUCAUGGAAGGAGGCAGAAACCAGUAUACCAUGAAAGCAUCUCUGUUUAACUUUACUAAGACACUGGAAAUUAUUGCCAGUAACUGGGCCUUAAACGAUUUUCAGCUCACAUUAAGUCCUUUCAUCCUCCUCAAAAAGACAUUUGGUACAUUUUAAGUAUUGGAAAUAUUCUUCCAGAAUAUUUGUGUGGGUUAUUUAUUGAUAUAGUGAUUUAAAAACAAUGAGCAUAAACAUAAUAGCUUUAGUAGCUAAAUAAACCAUUAAAUUGUAGUGAUCAAAUAGGAACAGGGUCCCUUGGAAUGCCUACAUGUAAGUACUGUUAAUGGGAAAAAUGGAAUUUUGUGUUUGGAAAGAGUAGAUUUGGGAGAAACCACUUUUAUUUCACACAGAAAGAAAGCUUCGGGGGGAACCUGAAGUAACAAGAACUCUCCACUGCCCUGGGUAGCUCAGUUGGUUAGAGCAUGUCCCAAUAUGCCACGGUUGUGGGUUUGCAAGAAUCCCCAUUCAGGGCAUACGCAAGAAUUAACCAAUGAAUGCAUAGCUAAGUGGAACAACAAAGCGAUGUUUCUCUUUCCCUUCCUCUCUCUCAAAUCAAUUUUUUAAGAAAGUCUCCACUGUAGGUGGAUGAUGUAGAGCUUUGAAGAGCACAGUACGAGGAAAUGAUAAUAUUGGUAAUAUUGAGGUGGCAGUGGGCAGUUUGCUUGGAAUAAACAGGAAGCAAUGUCAAACAGGUUUAGGAUCUUUCACAGGCACUUUCUGACCAGAUGCUCUCUUCUCGGCAGGACAUGAAAGACAGCAGACAUUUUCACAAGUUGUGCUCACUGUGCAAAUUUAUUUAGAAAAACUAUACUCUUCCAGUAUCAAUUGAAGAUUUUGGUUUCUUUUUUUUCUGCCCCCUUUUACUUUUUAAGGGGAGGUUAUUAAGGUCCUAUUUGUUGCAGAGUUGAUUUUAUUUAACUGUAAAUGCAGGGUAGUAAGUACCGGGGGCAGCAUGCCUCCCCUUCCCCUUUGCUUUAGCAAAACAAUACUGCAGGAAUGGAAGGCGAGAAGCCCUGGAUCUGCUUUAUGUUGCGGAUAACUUUAUGUUGGCUCCAAAGAGGGGGCCUCUAGGUCAAUGUUCAGAUCUUACCUUGUGGAAUAACGCUUUAGUUAGGUUAUUGAUAGUGACUAGAGGUAUGUAAGCUAUAGGUGUCUAACCCACCUUUCGCGAUGAGGAGAAAACAGGUUGAGAAGUAAGAGAUUAGGGAGGACUACUAAAGUAGGUGUCCAGGAGAAUACUCUUCUCUUAGGAGAAUUGAGCCCUAAUUUUUUGGCCAUUCGUUAUAAAGUACCCAGGCUGAGGGUUGACAUUUGGCAGGAACAUAAUAUAUAGAGAAAUAGGCAGCACUGAUAGUCACGGUGUAUCUGUCCCUUAAACUCUGGCCCCAAGCUGAUGUCAUAAAGCUUGCGCUAUCCACUGCAACAUUAUUAUGAUUUUGUAUGUUUGUCUCAAAGGCAGGAAACUACUUUUUUAGGGAUCUAGGCUUGAUAUUUAUGAUUGCUUUUUUAAAAUAUCCCGACCCGAGGAUAUGUUUUCAUUGGUUUUUGGCGAGAAAAACAAACAUCGAUCAGUUGUCUUUUGUAUGCUCCCUGACCGGGGAUCAAGCCUACAUCCUAGGUAGGUUCCCUGACCGGGAAUUGAACCUGCAACCUUCUGGUGUACAGGACAAUGUGCCAACCAACUCAGUCACCCUGGCAGGCCUACGAUUUCUUUUUAAAAAUCUCUGCCUGCCAUUUUCCCACAGAAAUGCCACCAGACUGCCUAAGCGAAACUUGCUAUAAGAAAUUUUGAAACAAUGAUCAUCUGGCUUUAAUUGAAAAUAUAGUCUGGUAAAUAUAUAAAGAGAAGGAAGAAACAUUUAAAUAACCUAUAGCCAGCAGGUGUAUUUAAAAAUAUUUUAUUUUUUGAAUAGAUAAUACAUAUGGUACAAAAUUCCAAGAGGCACAAAAGGGGAUACAGUGCAAAGUGUCCCAAUCCUGUACCCAUCCACCCUGUCAUCCUCCCCACAAAUUAGCAUUGUUUCUAAGAAUUUAGCCUACAGGUAUAAUCCCAUAGAUAUAAUAUGAAAUAACAUUUGCACGAGAAUAUUCAUUAUAGCAUUAUUUGUAAUAGCAAAAGAUAGGAAACAAUGGAAAUGUUCACCAGUAGGGAACCAAUGAAAUAACUUACGAAUUAUCCAUUCAAUGGAAGAGUAUACAUUUAUAAAAUAGAAUGAGAGCUCUUAUGUGCAAGUAUCAAACCAAAGCAAAGCGUAGAACAGCAUGCAUAGUAUGCUGUUUGUGUUUUUAAUACAUGGAAAUAUGUGUAUGUGCCUGAACUAUCUCUGGAAGGGCAAAGUGAGGGUUAGGAGGAGGGGCAAUGGAGCAGCAUCUAAUAAAGCGCAGUGCCGGCGCUGGCCCGGUGGCUCAGCUGAUUAGAGCAUCACCCGCUUGCAGGAUGGAUCCCAGGUCAGGGCACUUACAAAAAAUAACCAAUGAAUGUAUAAAUGAGUGGAAAGACAAAUCGAGGUUUCUUCUCUCCCUCUUUCUCUCUAAAACCAAUUUAAAAAAUUAAGAAAAAGAAAGUGCGGUCCCAAGAGGGUAUAUUGAGGAAUGGUUAAGACCUCUGAAAUAAUGGGGUGUAAGGUGGAGUUAGUGGAUAUCCAAUUCUCUUUCCCCUUUUUUUAGACAAAUAGCAGCAUGUGUUAUACUUGGUUACACAACCCUCCUUUUUUCCUUAAAUCUGUUUUGGGUAUCUUAUCAAGGCAUUUAGAGCCAUUUUUUAUUUUUCUAUUUAGGGCUCCAUAGCAAUUGAUUGUAAUCUUGCUAUUACAAAUAAUGCUAUAAUAAAUAGCCUCUUACAUAUGUCAUUUCACAUUUGGUGAGCAUAUAGCUAAAGAUUAAGUUCCUAGAAGUAGAAUUACUGAUUCAAAGAGUAAGCGAUUUUGAAAGACAUUUUCAUAUCCUCUUCAGAAGUUGUAUCAAUUUAUACUUGUAUGUGAGUGCCUCUUUCUCCAGAUGCUUGCCAACUGACAAUUAAAGUGUCUCAGUGUGGUCUAACUUGCAUUUCUUUUAUUUUGAAGGUCAGAAUUUUUUUUAUGUUUAAGAACUAUAUUUUUGUCUGCUGAAAGCAUCUCAACUAGUACAGUGACCUAGAAAAAUUUUUUAAGCUUCGUGUGUCUCCAUUUCCUUAUCUCUGAGUUGGGAAUAAAACUAGUAAAUAGGAUUGUUGGAUGACUAAAUGAAGUUUGUGUAUGGCACGCAACACUGCCUAGCACAUAGUAGGCAUUCAGUAAGUUAUCAUGUGACGGCUGACAGAGCAGCAGGAAGGACAGGG